AUGGCCACGUUAUUGCGAACAGGCCUACGAGCUGCCACCCGUGCCUCAGUCGCUCAACAGGCUGCAUUAGCACGAUAUGUCUCGUCAACUACUCCCAGAAUGCAAGCAUCUGCCGCCGAAUCUGGCCUCAAUUCUUUGAAUGUCUUCACGGAAGAAGAAAACAUGUUGCGUGAAACUGUCGCCAAAUUCGCUCGAGAAGUCAUUGGCCCCAAAGUCAAGGAAAUGGACGAAAAGGAGAAAUUAGAUCCAAUAGUCUUGAAGGGGCUAUUUGACAAUGGUCUGAUGGGUAUCGAGACUGAAGCUGAAUACAGUGGAUCAAACACUUCAUUCACUGCCGCCAUCGUCGUCGUCGAAGAAUUGGCCAAAAUCGACCCUUCCAUCUCAGUUGUCUGCGAUGUCCAAAACACAUUGGUCAACACCUUGUUCCGUAAAUACGGCACUGAGGCUCAAAAGCAAAAGUACCUGACAGCACUUGCAACCGACAAGGUUGGAUGCUUUUGCUUAUCGGAAGCUGGAUCAGGAUCAGAUGCUUUCGCUUUGGCCACCAAGGCUACCAAACAUGGAGAUUAUUACACAAUCAGUGGUUCAAAAAUGUGGAUUACCAACUCUGGUGAAGCCGAGAUAUUCCUCGUGUUUGCCAAUGUUGACCCUUCCAAGGGCUACAAGGGAAUCACUUGUUUCAUUGUUGAGAAGGAGAUGGGUGUACAGAUUGCUAAAAAGGAAUCCAAGUUGGGCAUUCGAGCAUCAUCCACCUGCGUAUUGAACUUUGAUGAAAUGAAAGUACCCGCUGCGAACGUAUUGGGUGAAAUCGGUAAAGGAUACAAGUACGCCAUCGAAAUUUUGAAUGAAGGACGUAUCGGUAUUGCUGCUCAAAUGUUGGGUUUGGCACAAGGUGCUUUUGAUGCUGCAAUGCCAUACACCUUCCAACGAAAACAAUUUGGUCAAGCUAUUGGUGACUACCAAGGAAUGCAACAUCAAUACGCACAAGUUGCAGUGGAAAUCGAAGCUGCCCGUCUCCUGACAUAUAAUGCAGCCCGAUUAAAAGAAGAAGGCAAACCUUUCGUAAUGGAAGCUGCCAUGGCCAAACUCUAUGCAUCUCAAAUCGCCGAAAAGGCUGCCAGUAAGGCAUUAGAAUGGACUGGUGGUAUUGGAUUCACUAGGGAUAUGCCAAGUGAGAAGUUUUACAGGGAUUGCAAGAUUGGUGCUAUCUACGAGGUAUGGUGUUGUUGA